AUUGGAUCUAUCAAACCAUUUGUAACCAUCCAUAGUUUGACGUUUUGGAACUUCGAAGAAAAAAUCCAUAUCAACUCAGAUCUCUUCGAAGACUUUUCAGCUCUUAGACUAUUGAUGACACGGGCAUUGCAUACACAAAACAUUUUGUUUAUAGAAGCCAGCCAGCCAGAACAGAUAAGACUCAUGUUUGCAGGUCCUCUUGUCUCUGCAACAACAACAGAAAUGAGGUAUUAGCUACACCUACCAACCUCUCUGUUUCUCCAACACUUCACGUUUCUCGUCCUUUCAGCUAUUGCUCAACAAAAGAACUCAGCUUUCUUUGAAUCUGCACCCCCUUAUCAUCUUUCACAUAUUGUCUGUCGUACAACGAUGUUGGUCUGAAUUUAUGGUCGAUUUGAAGAGUGCCCAUCAAUGAAAAUUGACGGUUCUCUUCCUCCUCCUUUGGUACUUCUCAAAUUUCAUACCUGAAAGGUACCCUUCAAUCAGCUGUCAUUCUUGAUUAUGAAUUUGGCGUUUCUCAUGGGUGGUCCUGGGACUUGAAGUUGUCUACGUACCCUGUUCUUGAGGGUACAUAGGCUGUGUCUAUUGGCCUGUUUCCUUGACUGACCAUUUUGGUUUCUCUUUCAUUUUGAUUUGGUACCCUUUCAAUCAGCUGUCAUUUUGUCCAAAUUGAAGGGAAGAAAGUUUAGAAGAGGGGUCAUCUUCUUUCACAUAUAUUCAUGUUGAAUUUUUUGUUCAUACAAUUCUAUACUUUAGAAUUCAGUUGCCUAGCGUUAUCCUUUUCUUCUGAUACCUGAAAUUGUCCUCAACUUGGAAUUGUUAGCUUUAGAUGUACAGCAACCUGCUUCCAUGGUUCAGCUUGUUUCUGUUGGGAGUACUGAUUCUAGAUUCUUUGCAGAAUGUAGAGUUUUGUCAUUGGUUUGUAUAAUAUAAAAUGUCCAUCAAAGCCCUUUUCUUUGUGUCCUGGAUUUUGGAGCUGAAUUCUAUUCUUUUGUUCAGUUAAUUCGCCCUCCUCUUCUUGUGUGGUUAUGGCCCAAUGGGGUUUAGUUCGCUUCAUGGGGUCCAUUUCAGUGUUUGUCCUCCUUUUUCCUGGAGGUUGCAAGGCUGGUAUCCAAAGUGUGGGCAAGAUCUAUCCAGGGUUACAAGGGUCUCAAAUGACUUGGAUCAAUCUUAAUGGGUUGUUUCUUACAUCUAACAACUCGGAUUUCGCGUUUGGCUUCACAACUACUGAAGAUGUUACACAAUUUCUGUUAACCAUCGUCCACUUGGGUAGCUCGAAGGUCAUAUGGUCUGCAAAUAGAGGCUCUCCAGUUUCAAAUUCUGAUAAUUUUAUCUUUGGUGAAGAUGGUAAGGUCUCUUUGCAGAAAGGGGAAGAUGUGGUUUGGGCAGCUGAUACUGGUGGCAAGAGGGUUUCUGCAAUAGAGAUGCAGGAUUCAGGAAAUUUGGUUUUGCUUGGGAAUGACACUAGUGUACUGUGGCAGAGUUUUAGCCAUCCUACCAAUACACUCAUAUCAAACCAGGAUUUUGUAGAUGGAAUGAAACUUGUAAGCGAUCCCAACUCCAAUAAUCUGACCCAUAUCCUUGAAAUCAAGUCCGGAGACAUGAUUCUUUCAGCAGGUUUCCAAACUCCACAGCCUUACUGGUCUGUCCAAAAGGAAAGACGGAUAACCAUCAAUCAAGGCGGUGGAAAAGUUGCCGUGGCAUCUCUCAGAGGAAAUUCAUGGAGGUUCUAUGAUGGAAACAAAGUGUUGCUGUCACAAUUUAUUUUCUCAGAUAGUGUUGAUGCAAAUGCCACUUGGAUUGCAGUUCUAGGAAACGAUGGUUUUAUAUCUUUCUACAAUCUUGAUGAAAGUGGCGGAGCUUCACAAACAAAAAUACCAAGUGAUCCAUGCAGCAGACCAGAACCUUGCGAUGCACAUUUUGUUUGUUCUGGUAACAAUGUAUGCCAGUGCCCUUCAGGUCUUAGUACCCGCUCAAAUUGCCGGACAGGUAUUGUCUCUACCUGUGAUGGUUCACAUGAUUCUACAGAGCUUGUAAGUGCUGGGGAUGGGCUCACUUAUUUUUCUCUGGGGUUUCUUCCACCCUCUUCGAAAACCAAUAUGGAAGGUUGCAAAUCCGCUUGCCAGAGUAACUGCUCAUGCCUUGCCUUUUUCUUCCAAAACAGUUCUGGGAACUGCUUCCUGUUCAGUGACAUAGGAAGUUUCCAGAACUCUAAGGCAGGCCCUAGUUUUGUUGCAUACAUUAAAGUUUUGAGCGAUGGAGGCAGUGGUUCCAACGCUGGAGGGGGUGGAAGCAGCAAAAAAAGCUUUCCAAUUGUUGUGAUAAUAGUCGUUGCCACAUUGAUUACCAUUUGUGGUCUACUUUAUCUGGCAUUUCGUUAUCACAGGAGAAAGAAGAAGAUGCCGGAGUCUCCCCACGAAACCUCAGAAGAGGAUAACUUCUUAGAGACUUUAUCUGGGAUGCCGAUCCGUUUUAGUUACAGAGAUCUUCAGACUGCAACUAAUAAUUUCUCAGUGAAGCUUGGACAAGGAGGAUUUGGCUCAGUUUAUCAAGGAGCUCUCCCAGAUGGAACCCGACUGGCUGUGAAGAAGUUGGAAGGCAUUGGUCAGGGAAAGAAAGAGUUUCGAGCUGAAGUUAGCAUCAUUGGUAGUAUCCAUCAUCACCACUUGGUUAGGCUGAAAGGCUUUUGUGCUGAAGGAACUCAUCGCCUCCUCGCUUAUGAGUUCAUGGCAAAUGGCUCUUUGGAUAAAUGGAUCUUCAAGAGAAACAAAGAAGAGUUCCUGUUGGAUUGGGAAGCAAGAUUCAAUAUUGCUGUGGGAACAGCAAAAGGACUAGCUUACCUGCACGAAGACUGUGAUGUAAAGAUCAUUCAUUGUGACAUAAAACCGGAGAACGUGCUUCUUGAUGAUCAGUUUCUUGCCAAAGUCUCAGAUUUUGGCCUGGCUAAGUUAAUGAAUCGAGAGCAAAGCCAUGUUUUCACAACAUUAAGAGGCACCAGAGGGUACCUUGCACCAGAAUGGAUCACAAAUUAUGCUAUAUCAGAGAAAAGUGAUGUUUAUAGCUAUGGCAUGUUGUUGCUUGAGAUCAUUGGUGGAAGAAAAAACUUCGAUCCAACUGAAUCUUCGGAGAAGUCCCAUUUCCCUUCUUAUGCAUUCAAGAUGAUGGAAGAAGGGAAACUGAGGGAAAUCCUUGAUUCGAAGCUGAGGUUUGACAAGGACGAUGAGAGGGUCUCCACGUCUAUCAAAGUUGCGUUAUGGUGCAUACAGGAAGAUAUGCAUCUCAGGCCAUCAAUGACCAAAGUUGUCCAAAUGCUUGAAGGUCUCUCCCCAGUUCCACUGCCACCUACUUCAUCACCAUUGGGCCCUCGCCUUUAUUCGGGUUUCUUCAAAUCUCUAAGUGGGGAAGGCACUUCCUCAGGACCAUCAGACAGCAAUAGUGAUGCCUACCUCUCUGCAGUACAGCUUUCUGGCCCAAGAUAACAUUCGCUGACUGUUGGUGGAAUUCUUUUGUUUAGAUGUAGAAUUGAGCUGUUCCUGCGUGUGUUUCCCGUCAGGUUCUUGUAUAUUUUUUAUAUUACUUGAAAGUUUUGUAACUCUAGCCAUUGGUAAAGCUUGAUCACUUGUAAGUUGAUCUGUAAAUGAAGAGUGUUGAUUAAGACUAAGUGAUCAGAGAAUUUUGACUCGAAACUUUGAA